AGCUCGACCAUUUUCAUCGGAGAGUUUGUUAGCUUCAAAUGUGACAUGAAGGAAGGAGAACACACUGACUGGGAAUACAAAAUUAUCAUGGACGGUCGAGAAAUUUUAAACUCCAACACAAACGAAGGUCUCAGUUUAAAAAUUGCAUCUACAGCUCAGAGUGGUAAAUACAGCUGCUCUGCGCACAUGAAGAGCUCACAGAAUACAAAGAACAGUAACACUGUCUCUGUAACUGUGUCGGCAGGUAAACCCAGGGCCACACUGACUCCAGGAUCAACUAUCAUACCAGUAGGGGGCAGUGUGACACUGACCUGCUCUGUGGGGAGCUCUGCUGGCUGGAAAUAUGAGUGGUUCAGACGUGACCCAAACACUGAGGUUCAAAUGAGAACAGAUGAUCAACAAAACAGAGUAAUCAGAGUAUCUGAAGGAGGAAUCUACUGCUGCAGAGGAAGAAGAGGAAACCCAGUUUACUACACUGAUAAAAGUGAUGAUGUCACCAUUGAGAUAACCUUUUCCAAUAAGGUUGUUGUAAAAGGACGACCCAGCUGGCCUCAGAUAUUCAGCGGUGAGACGAUCAGUCUGACAUGUGAGGUGCAGGAAGGAGGUGAAACCACUGAGUGGGAGUAUAGAUGGAGAGGACCCAAGCAAACCACACAGUGGACUCACAAUAAUUACUGGAUAUUCAAUGUUUCUGAGUCCAGCAGUGGAGACUACAUGUGUAAGAGUCGACGCAGAGAUGACUCAUAUUCUUCAACAGAGUGGAGUGAAGCCUUCAACUUGUCAGUAUCAACAGGUAAACCCAGGGCCACACUGACUCCAGGAUCAACUAUCAUACCAGUAGGGGGCAGUGUGACACUGACCUGCUCUGUGGGGAGCUCUGCUGACUGGAAAUAUGAGUGGUUCAGACGUGACCCAAACACUGAAGUUCAAUUCAGAACCGAUAAUCAACAAAACAGAGUAAUCAGAGUAUCUGAAGGAGGAAUCAACCACUGCAGAGGAAGAAGAGGAAACCCAGUUUACUACACUGAUAAAAGUGAUGAUGUCACCAUUGAGAUAACCUUUUCCAAUAAGGUUGUUGUAAAAGGACGACCCAGCUGGCCUCAGAUAUUCAGCGGUGAGACCAUCAGUCUGACAUGUGAGGUGCAGGAAGGAGGUGAAACCACUGAGUGGGAGUAUAGAUGGAGAGGACCCAACCAAACCACACAGUGGACUCACAAUAAUUACUGGAUAUUCAAUGUUUCUGAGUCCAGCAGUGGAGACUACAUGUGUAAGAGUCGACGCAGAGAUGACUCAUAUUCUUCAACAGAGUGGAGUGAAGCCUUCAACUUGUCAGCAUCAAAUGCUGUGCUAACUGUUGAACCCAGCUCGACCAUUUUCAUCGGAGAGACUGUUAACUUCAAAUGUGACAUGAAGGAAGGAGAACACACUGACUGGGAAUACAAAAUUAUCAUGGACGGUCGAGAAAUUUUCAACUCCAACACAAACAAAGGUCUCAGAUUAAAAGUUGCAUCUACAGCUCAGAGUGGUAAAUACAGCUGCUCUGCUCACAGGAAGAGCUCACAGAAUACAAAGAACAGUAACACUGUCUCUGUAACUGUGAAGGCAGAUAAACCCAGGGCCACACUGACUCCAGGAUCAACUAUCAUACCAGUAGGGGGCAGUGUGACACUGACCUGCUCUGUGGGGAGCUCUGCUGGCUGGAAAUAUGAGUGGUUCAGACGUGACCCAAACACUGAAGUUCAAAUCAGAACCGAUAAUCAACAAAACAGAGUAAUCAGAGUAUCUGAAGGAGGAAUCUACCACUGCAGAGGAAGAAGAGGAAACCCAGAUUACUACACUGAUAAAAGUGAUGAUGUCACCAUUGAGAUAACCUUUUCCAAUAAGGUUGUUGUAAAAGGACGACCCAGCUGGCCUCAGAUAUUCAGCGGUGAGACCAUCAGUCUGACAUGUGAGGUGCAGGAAGGAGGUGAAACCACUGAGUGGGAGUAUAGAUGGAGAGGACCCAACCAAACCACACAGUGGACUCACAAUAAUUACUGGAUAUUCAAUGUUUCUGAGUCCAGCAGUGGAGACUACAUGUGUAAGAGUCGACGCAGAGAUGACUCAUAUUCUUCAACAGAGUGGAGUGAAGCCUUCAACUUGUCAGCAUCAAAUGCUGUGCUAACUGUUGAACCCAGCUCGACCAUUUUCAUCGGAGAGACUGUUAACUUCAAAUGUGACAUGAAGGAAGGAGAACACACUGACUGGGAAUACAAAAUUAUCAUGGACGGUCGAGAAAUUUUCAACUCCAGCACAAACAAAGGUCUCAGAUUAAAAGUUGCAUCUACAGCUCAGAGUGGUAAAUACAGCUGCUCUGCUCACAGGAAGAGCUCACAGAAUACAAAGAACAGUAACACUGUCUCUGUAACUGUGAAGGCAGGUAAACCCAGGGCCACACUGACUCCAGGAUCAACUAUCAUACCAGUAGGGGGCAGUGUGACACUGACCUGCUCUGUGGGGAGCUCUGCUGGCUGGAAAUAUGAGUGGUUCAGACGUGACCAAAACACUGACGUUAAAAUCGGAACCGAUGAUCAACAAAACAGAGUAAUCAGAGUAUCUCAACGAGGAAUCUACCACUGCAGAGGAAGAAGAGGAAACCCAGAUUACUACACUGAUAAAAGUGAUGAUGUCACCAUUGAGAAAACCUUUUCCAAUAAGGUUGUUGUAAAAGGACGACCCAGCUGGCCUCAGAUAUUCAGCGGUGAGACCAUCAGUCUGACAUGUGAGGUGCAGGAAGGAGGUGAAACCACUGAGUGGGAGUAUAGAUGGAGAGGACCCAACCAAACCACACAGUGGACUCACAAUAAUUACUGGAUAUUCAAUGUUUCUGAGUCCAGCAGUGGAGACUACAUGUGUAAGAGUCGACGCAGAGAUGACUCAUAUUCUUCAACAGAGUGGAGUGAAGCCUUCAACUUGUCAGUAUCAACAGGUAAACCCAGAGCCACUCUGACUCCAGGAUCAACAAUCAUACCAGUAGGGGGCAGUGUGACACUGACCUGCUCUGUGGGGAGCUCUGCUGGCUGGAAAUAUGAGUGGUUCAGACGUGACCCAAACACUGACGUUCAAAUCAGAACAGAUGAUCAACAAAACAGAGUAAUCAGAGUAUCUGAAGGAGGAAUCUACCACUGCAGAGGAAGAAGAGGAAACCCAGAUUACUACACUGAUAAAAGCAAUGAUGUCACCAUUGAGAAAACCUUUUCCAAUAAGGUUGUUGUAAAAGGACGACCCAGCUGGCCUCAGAUAUUCAGCGGUGAGACGAUCAGUCUGACAUGUGAGGUGCAGGAAGGAGGUGAAACCACUGAGUGGGAGUAUAGAUGGAGAGGACCCAACCAAACCACACAGUGGACUCACAAUAAUUACUGGAUAUUCAAUGUUUCUGAGUCCAGCAGUGGAGACUACAUGUGUAAGAGUCGACGCAGAGAUGACUCAUAUUCUUCAACAGAGUGGAGUGAAGCCUUCAACUUGUCAGCAUCAACAGUGCCCAGGACUGGAAACUCUUCAUUUCCUGCUCUGUUGAUCGUUGGACUCAUCUGUGGACUUUUACUGAUUCUUCUUCUGCUGUUGUGUCGCUUCAUACAGUCAAAGGAUUCAUGUUUUGCCAGCACAAAUCAAACCAUAAACCAAACGAUCAACCAGGAUGACGCUCGAGACAGCCAACAUGCUUCUCCUCACCAAGGUGAUGCUUGUCUCUAUGAAUCAGUCAAAGACCAUGAUGACACAGAUAAUGUUGAAUCUGGGGAUGUCACAUAUUCUUUGAUUGAGUUUAAAAACAUCACUCAAAAAGAUGACAGCCUGUUGUAUGCAGAGGUCUCCCACAAGAGAGCUAAAGCCAAGAGAAACAAGGAAAAAUCAGCCUCUGCAGCAGCUGAAGAAGUCACUUAUUCUGAAGUCAAGUCACAACCAGCUCUUGAUUACAGCCUGUUGUAUGCAGAGGUCUCCCACAACAGAGGUAAAGUCAAGAUACAUAAAGGGAAAUCAGCCCCUGCAGCAGCUGAUGAAGCAGUUUAUUCUGAAGUCAAAUCAAAACCAGCUCUUAGUAAUACAGAAAUAAAAUAGCUUACAUACUGUGAUUUGUUGUUGUAAUGAUUAACUCAGAGUGAACUGAGUCCCAAAUCACCUUUAAACACUGAAUAAUUCUGCAUCGAUUCUUCUAGAUCAUGUGUCUGCAAAACCAACUAAAUGUAGCAAAAGCAAAAUUUAAUUCAUUUGAAUUUAACAGUACUGGAAGAAAGAAGAAGAACAACAAAAGAUUUCAAUUAACUUUUUUAUGAAAAGUUUUCUUUCAUUGAAAAAUAGGCAGCAGCAGCAAGUGAUAGUGUGGCGUUUGGAUCGGGAUCUUUCCACUUUCACACAAUUUAUUGAACUGCAUAUUGUAAACACACACGGCAGACCAGGUGGCAUUUUGAUCACUUUUAUUAAUACUUUGACGGUUGCUGGACACACACAGAGCUGCAGCUCAACACAACAACCACAACAACAUUGUUAACCAAAACUUUGAACUUUUAAGCCGGCGAGG